AUGAUGCGACCGCGCGACCCCCGCAUCCGACAACGGAUCAAUCAGAUCUCCCAUAACCUUGAGACUGCCAACGAAACCGCGCAAGAGGGGCUUUAUACUUUCUCCCACAACUACAUAUCCCCGUGUUUUGAAUCCAUUGGAAACUGCGUGACUGCAUGUACAGCACCUUGCCUCUCAAGCCGAGAAGACCACCUAAGACGGCGACGACGCGGCCAAACCGAAGCCAACUUUGAUUUCUACGACGACUGGGCCAAUGAAGAAGAAGAGGAUGGCUUAAUUGGAUGGGGUACUGGAGAACUUGACCGCCUCCUUGCCGGUAGCGGGCUGGCGCGCGGAGCUGCUGACCAGCCGCGUCGGCCCAGGAGGAUGAGCUACGGGACACGCAACACUAGGCGAAGGAGCAUCGCGCACCUUCCGGACAACCGUGACGACCCGACUGUGAUUCCCAGUUCUUCUUUUCUUGGCUUCCUCGAGCGCUUUCCGUGGAGAUUCGGUGCAAGGGGAGUCAAGUAUAGGCCUUCGGUUGCUGAUCUCCAAGAACACCCCGGUGCCAGGCGCUAUGCGCACGAAGACGAGCCACUAAUGCAAGCUAUGGACAGUGAUGAUGACGAUGGAGAUGAAUUUUUACCCGCCCCUAAUGGGAGGGAUCGCAGUGCCACGCAAUCGUCCCGUGGGACGGACAAUUCACUUAGCUCGCGCGGGGAUCUAUUCCCUAGUGAUGAGGAAGAAGAUGCAGUGCCCCUUGAUGAUGAGUUUGCGCUUGCUUUCGGACGCCGGGGAACGGGGUUGGAAUCAGAUGAUCAGUCUGGGACGAAGUCUGAAAUUAUACAGUCUGCAUCUGCGUCCAGUCUAGGUGCCGCAUCCUCCAAAAAGACAAAACGGAAGAAGAAACGCUCCCCAAAGCGAUCGCCUAGUUACAAUGACGCCACCAUUGCUCAAAGUGUUGACACACCGUCAAUGACAGACUUGAAGACAGAAGAGCAGCACGCCGCGUUGGAAGAAGAAGCGGAUAUUGCGAGGCGACGGCUUGCUGCACACGAGCUGGCGUUGAGUCGAGGCCUUGAUCCGGUUGGUGAUAAACCUGCCGCGACAUCCAGUCCAAGUAUCCGAUCACAAGAUCAAUUCAAUACCCAGAAACGGACCUUCAGCAAUUCAUCCAGCCGCCGAUUGUCCGACAACCAAACCGAACCAUUCCCACGCUUAUCCAUGUCGCCUUCAUCCUUGGCCGUGGAUUCUCCUGGCUUAUCGAAAACCUCGCCGAGGGCUAUGUCGCCUCACGAGCUUGGUGAAAACACGAUUUCUCUCGAUUGA